AUGAAAAAUAUAAAGCGAAGAGAACCAUUUUCUUCAGCUGAAGGGAUAAGUCAGCAGGGUAAUUUAAAGAACAAGCAGGCAAUAGCGGAUUACUUUAAUAAAGAUAUUUCAGGAGUUAGCAAUGGCCACACUACCAAUGCAAAUGAUUUUACAAAAUUUGAUCCUAAAACGGAGGAAAAUCCUUCAGCUAAAGAAAAAGUGAACGCAUGGAUUAAGAAUUUACCAUACUGGAAGAUAGAGGAAGGUCCUUGGGUCACUAGCUGUUUUCCUGGAAUUGUGACUAGUGAGAGUAUAGACUACGAUGAAAUGGAUUGUUGUGAUGCAGAUGAUAUCCAGGAACUACAGUCACGGAAGAUUACUCGUUAUGUGAUUGAAUUAUACUAUUCCGAUGCAGAAAUCAUCAAGUAUGGAUUUAAUGAAGAUGAACUAGUUCUUUUGGGAGGAAAUCAAAAAUAUUCAAACGAAAAAUUUUUUGAAUGGAAAAAUUAA